CUGCACUCCCACUUUAGACCCCCACAUGUAAUGAUGACGCCCCACACGAGGAGCUGUCAAUCACCACAAUCCUGAACUAAAGAGAAAGCAAGACCUUGGGACGGAAUCGUCUGCAACCGAGAGAUAUUUUUUCAAUCAUGGCAUCCCAGAUCCCGGCGCUCCCCCAGUCGUACUCGCCAAGCACCGACAGCGUCUUCUCGGACCAGUCCGGGUUCUACUCUCUGGACUCCAACGUGACGGGUCUCUCCAAGGUGAUCCUAAACAAGCUCAACAUGAACGACUACGGACAAUACAGGGCUGCCUUGGAAGGUAAAAGCAAAGGAAUAGCAUUCCGUAACUACAAGGAAAUGUUCCAGAAGAUGGAGGAGACCUUCAAAUUCUGCACCGGCUGCAACAAACUUCCACAACAUGUCGGAGAAGGCAACACGCUAAAGCGCUGUGUCAAAUGUUUGAACGUGUACUACUGCUCCAAGGAUUGUCAAGUCAAGAACUGGCCUCAGCAUAAAAAUGUCUGCAAGACGUUGCGUCUGGUGGCCAUCGACAGGCUGGUGGAGUGGCUGAUGUUCACUGGAGACCUUCCCAUUCCGUUCGAGAAGUGGUCCAAGUCAGCUGCAGAGGUGAAGACCUGGCAGGACUGGCUGGCCCUGCAGGAGGACCAACUCGCGCCACGUCUGGACGCUGUCCUGACCUGCGCCAACAUGGCGUCCCUGUGGAUGAAUGUCAGCAGGCCCAGGCCGGACGACGGCGACCUGCGGGAGUCGGUGUGGCGCCUUCAGAGCGAGUUCCUCUCUCGUGUUCUCACAGUGGGCUCGGCCGUGCGGCACUACGGGCUGGACCCUUGCGCAAAACCGCUUACUAUCCACAUAGCCGGGGCAUCCUUUAACGAGACCAUGGGGGCCAGACUGACGGACUACGACGAGCUCAACAACAUGUUCCCGGGGCACCUAGGCAUUGUGGUGGUCAUGGUGGGACCGGAAGUGGUGGCAGGCCCCAUCAUGAGGCCCCCUCUCACGGCCUUUGGGCCCAGGAAGAGGGUCUACAUCAGCGCCUACAAGGGCCUCUACCAUCAGUUCUGGGAGGACCUGAUCGAGAAAAACGAAGCAGCCAAACCAGACCUGGUCGUCGGAUUUCAUCCUGGUUUCCACGCCAACCAGGGUCUGGUGGAGGGUUGGCUCCCCACCCUCCUACUGCUCCGAGACUACAACAUCCCCUCCUACUUCACAGUAUACAGCGAUAUGGAGCUCAAGUACUCACUGCAGAUCCUCCUGGAGUUGGAGAUGGACAUCAGGGAGAGCGGAGCCCAUUCGUUUUCAUCGCAGAAGCCAGAGCAGGUUCUGGCCUGCCCCAAUAAACCUGCAGUGUACUGUAACUCGCACUACGUCGCUUUCCAAGGAUUGAUGCCAAGGGAAGACUUUAACGAGGCCAACUAAAGGAUUUUGCGAAUUAGCUUCUUUUCCAGAGACAGAUUUUUUUCUUCUUCUCACAUUUUUGCAUUAUGAAUAGUCAAGUGCCUCCACAUGCAAUACACUUUUCUUUUUUAUUUCCAGGCGCAGUUUAUGUUUUCCCAUGUUCCUGUAUUUAAAUGUGGAGUUAAAGUUGCGAUUUUGCAUAAUCCUAGUGUUUUUAUUGAACAAAUUAAAGGAAAUUAUGACGCA